AUGGCGGCCGGUACACAGAGUGGGAGGCAAGAUGGCGGUCCUCUAUCCAGCGAGGAUCUUCAGCCAACCGAUCUGCCAAUUCGAGAAGGUGGUCACCAAACGAGUUCUUCCGAGACACCCAUGGUAGACCUGCUGGGAAUGCACAUGAAGGAAGUUAUUUCGACAAUCAACCGACUCGAAAGUCUUGGUUUACAGCGAAUGGACAUUCCCUUGCCAAAAUGCGUUGUUUUGGGUGAGCAGUCCGCAGGAAAGUCAUCCGUCAUUGAGGCGAUAUCGGGCAUCAAGACUCCUAGGUCUGACGACACAUGCACUCGAUGCCCUUUGUAUAUCAAGCUCGAGCCCACGGAAGAUCCCCGCGCUAGUUGGAGCGCAAGCGUGAGCCUUCGCCGCAGCUUCAGCUAUGAUGGCAGGACUGGCCGAGGAAGUGAGAGACGGUUUCGUGGUUGGUGCGAGCUGCCGCAGCCAGUUCUCGUACCGUUCGCAACUACGGAUAACCCAGAAGAGCUGGAGCAUAUCAUUGGUCGCGCGCAACUCGCAACCAUCACUCCUCUGGCCCACUACGAAGAGUUUCUGAAUCCAUCUCUCAACCUUGGAGAGGAUCAUAGGUGUGAGUUCAGCCCAAAUAUUGUCUGCAUCUCAAUCAGCCAACCAGGACUGUCAUCACUCAGCUUCUACGAUUUGCCUGGCAUCAUUGGACAAGCAGAAACUGAGGAUAAGAAAUUUCUCGUCAAGUUUGUACGUGAUCUGGUUACAAAAUACGUUCGCGACCCCGAAUCUCUCAUCCUCCUAUGCUGCUCCCUAGAGACUGAUAUUGCCAACUCAAGUGCUGGUGGUAUUGCAAGGGAUUUGAAAGCAGUUGAUAGAUGCAUUGGUGUUCUUACUAAACCCGAUCGGUUGCCGGCAGGAUCGCGUCACGAUAAGCUGAAAGAAGUUUUCGACCAGAAGAGAUUCGCUCUAGGCUAUGGGUAUUUUGCCGUCAAGAAUCCUGGCCAAGAUGAGAUCAACCAGGGCAUCAGCCAUGGAGAGGCCCGUACCCGAGAGGAGCAUUUCUUUCGCGAAGACACAACCUGGUCCAGUACGUUCAAGGCGUACACAAAUUCCUUUGGCACAACGAAUCUCCAAGCAUUUCUUUCCAAAACGCUUGCAGAGCAAAUGCUCAAGCGACUACCAACUAUUGACCAGCACAUCUUUGAACGCCUCUCUCGUAUAGAGCAAGAUCUUAAGCAGUUUCCUGAACCAGCUACCCAUAAUGCUAUUCGGAUUAUGUCAGAUAUUAUUCUUGACUUCUCUCAAGAAGUGCGCAGAGAGAUUGAAGCUGAGUUUCCUUAUAAUGAAUGGAGGAAUAAGUGGAAGGCUCUCCAAAAGACUUUCUUUAGUAACUUAGAAAGUAUGAAGCCAGCUAUGAAGCUUCGUGGCGCUGACGACGAAUCUGUGUAUCUUGACGUACAGGCAGCGCUCCCUGGUGCCUCUGCGAAAGUGCCAAUUUCGCUAUCUGACGAUGAAAACGAAAACGGUGAUAGGAACUCCGCUGAGGAUAGCGAUGUGUCCAACAAGUCUCCAAAGAAGAAGCGAAAGAUUGACAAAACACCGAGCCGUCAGGAGGGUCCAGAUUUCAACAAUCUAAAGAUCACAUUCGAACUUGAUGCAGUUCGGGAAUAUUUGGCAGAGAAUUCGCGGUCUAAGGUCCCGGGCCAGAUUGAGCCGCGCGUUGUUGAUACUAUGAUGCUGACAGCGAUUCAACGUUGGGAGGAGCCACUAGACCAUUUCUUGAGCAAUCUCCGGGAGCAAGUUCACAACCAGAUGCAAGAAUUGUUCAAGAAGCACUUUGAGAGUCGCAAGGGAUCCAUGUUCUAUGACAAGGCGUGGAAUAUCCUCCAGAAACUGAUUCUGCCCAGCCACGACAUGGCACGCGACAGCCUCAACGACGAAAAGCAGGGCCCAUACAUUUUCCACGAGGAUCUCUUCGAACGCGAGAAGAGCGCAAUGCUCGAGUAUUACCAGCAGCACCGUCUCCAGAAUCGACUUGCUCUGUACAAGCGGAAGAAGGAGCAACAUACGAAGAAGCUGCUCACUCCCGCUGAAGAAGAGCGAGUCAAGAAGAAUUCGAUGCCUAUUCUAGCGCACGAGCCUUAUGCUCGCGAGAUUGACGUUGUCGCACAGGUUACGACGUAUUACAUGCUCGCCGCUCGCCGCUUCCAUGACGCUGUCUGUAUGCGCAUCGAGUCCAAGUUCCAUAGGGAGCUGUGUACGCAGCUUCGUGAUGACCUGGAGAAUGGCCUGGGGAUACGCAAUGACGCUGAAGGCUAUCAAAAUGCGAUUCACCUCCUUGCUGAACCAACGGAUCGUUACAAGCAGCGCAUGGACCUGCUGGGGCAGCGCAAAGCCUUACUUCAGGGUCAAACGAUUCUUCAGGAUCUUCAGAACAAGUACGGCGGCAGUGGUGGUGGUGGUGCUGGCAUGCCUUCUGAGGAGAAGAUGGAGGGUGUCGAAGAUACGUCGUAG